CACCGAUUGACGAGGAAAAAUUUGACUCUGUGGAAAAAAAAUCGACGGCUGCGACCUUGCGAGCAUUGUUUGCGCCAGAAAGGACACGCACAUGAUGGAGAAGACGUGGCGGAAUAUACGGAAGACAGCUUUUAUCUUACUGCUGCCCUUGUUAUUGGCUGGCGUGCGGAGCGAGGCGCCGCUGGUCGACAGCAGCGCGCUGCCUCUGGAGCACAGAUCCGUGUACGGAGUCCCGGCGCAAUAUGGCCCGCCGGUCGUCCACGAGGAGAACUGGCCGCUGGCGACGCCCGACACCCCGCAGAUCAAGCAUCUGCAGGUGCAGUGCGAGAAGACGCACAUGCGGGUGAACAUCGAGUUCGACCGGCCGUUCUACGGCAUGAUCUUCAGCAAGGGCUUCUACUCGGAUCCGCACUGCGUGCACCUGAAGCCCGGCACCGGCCACCUCAGCGCCACCUUUGAGAUCUUCCUGAAUUCGUGCGGCAUGAGCUCGUCGGCGAAUCACAACGUCGCGGCUUACGGCGCACCGACGCCGUCCGGCAGCUACGUGGAGAACACCAUCAUCGUGCAGUACGAUCCGUACGUGCAGGAGGUGUGGGACCAGGCGCGGAAGCUGCGCUGCACCUGGUACGACUUCUACGAGAAAGCGGUCACGUUCCGGCCGUUCCAGGUCGACAUGCUGCACGCCGUCACCGCCAACUUUCUCGGCGACAACCUGCAGUGCUGGAUGCAGAUACAGGUGGGCAAGGGCCCGUGGGCCAGCGAGGUGUCCGGCAUCGUGAAGAUCGGGCAGACGAUGACGAUGGUGCUGGCGAUCAAGGACGACGAGAACAAGUUCGACAUGCUGGUGAGAAACUGCGUCGCGCACGACGGCAAGCGGGCGCCGAUUCAGCUGGUCGAUCAGCACGGCUGCGUCGUCAGGCCGAAGAUCAUGUCGAGGUUCCAAAAGAUCAAGAACUUUGGCCCGAGCGCGUCCGUCGUCAGCUUCGCCUACUUCCAAGCCUUCAAGUUCCCCGACAGCAUGAACGUGCAUUUCCAAUGCGUGAUCCAAGUCUGCCGGUACAAUUGUCCCGAGCCUAAGUGUGGAUAUCCUGGACUGGAAUACGGCGCACCUGCCGGCAUCUCUCACGAAUAUGGCGCGCCGCAAGGCCUCACCUCGGAAUGUGCCCCGCCUGUGCCCGAAUACGGCGUGCCACCGGCUUAUCCUGAUCCGCGACAUCCCAGCGGACCGGCCGGAGCGCACAGCGAGCCGCAUCCGGACGUGGUUCCGGCGCCGCAGGCACAGACCUCCUCCUCUUCGCCUAGCUCGACGCCGGGCGACGCUACGGCGAGCAGCUCACCCCAGAGUCCCCAGGACAAUAUCCACCUCCCGCCGCCCCCUCUGCCCGGCCAUUCGGCGGCGUACCAGACUGUGAAGCGAAAAGGCACCGCCGGCACGGAGGAAAAUAACCUAGCCAUCCUCGGAGGUCGACCGAGGUCCGUUGAAGGUUUCCCGGCCGAGCUCAGGGGCGCCAGACGGCGAAGGCACGACGAGCCGCGCGAGUUCGACGACGACGAUAGCAACGCCUAUCGCACGGUGACCCUGUUCUCCACCCACGUGUACAAGCGAGCGGCGCAGGAGAUGACGGACGUGAACACGUCGCGGGUGAUCCAGGUGGUGGCGCCGGGCGACGUGAACUUCGCCCUCGGCACGACGAACCCCGGCAACGACACCACCGUCGUCAUACAGAACGCCAGCGCGUCCGCCGACCCGGAGACGAUCUGCAUGAGCCUGCCGGGCUUCGUGGGCGGCCUGGUGAUGCUGCUGCUGGUCGUCGUCGUCGCGUCCCUCGUCGCGGCCUUCCUCUUCGUCAGGGUGCGCGCGGUGGAUCGCAAGAACGCGGCGAUGGGCGGCGGCUUCGUGCAUCCGGCGUACGCGGACAGUUGCAGCGUGCCGAAUCCGGAGUUCGUGAAGGUCGCCAACUGAAGAGCUCGCGUCACACGGGUGCGCAAAAUCAAAAAAGGAUAAAAAAAGGAGAAGGAAACUCGCCGCAGGAGGGAGGAGGGAAGGGACACGGCCUUCCGCCGGAAGGAAUCGCCGACCCUCCCCCGAACGACGGGGCGCUUCAAGACACACCGCGCCGCGACACGCCGCUAUUUCAUUCGAGGGCCCGAGAGACACGUCGGAGAUUCUCUCCUCGUCGAAAGUUGCGACCGCGCUCUCCUCCCCUCUCCCCUCCGCCAUCGCGGCGGGCCCUUCGCGUCUAGUCUAGUCGCGUCAAUCACGGUCGAGUCGGGAGAGACGCCGACUAGAUCGAUGUCAAUCGGGGAAGGCGCGAAUUCGAUCGAACGGAGAAUCUUCGAGCGGCAUGUAAAUAAGAGCUGACCUGACGAGGAAGGCUGGAAGAGCGGAGGGGAGAGGAGGGGUGAAACGAAGAGGGAAGCCAGUGUGGCGCGUGUUCCACCGAUCGUGUUCCGGCGAUCGGCCUCUUCUUUCUUUUUCUUUUUUUUUUCUCCUUUCCUCACCAAUUAUCGCGAUCGAUGAAACGCGCGCGCGCGUGCGCGCGCGCGUAAUCGGUGAAUCGAUCUCCGCGACGCUUCGUGAUCACCGGCGGCGCGAUAGCGAUCAGCGCGCGUCUUCUCACAGUGUCCCGCGGUGUCAGGGAGAUCGAGAGAUCGAUCGCAAUCGCCAGAGUAGUCUCCAGGAGGGCAUUUGUAAAUAGACCGCGCGGGUAGUCGGACGGAGCCCUUCAGGGAGCCCCCGCUUGUCUCGCGUCUCUCCGCGCGUCGCGCUAUUAUUUAUACGGGCGCGCGACACACGUUACGCCGCGACGAGCGUUUCUUCCUCGCCCUUCGUCAUCGUACCUCAUCGCGUUUCAUCGCGUGCACCUCCCCUCCCGCGCCGGCGACUUCCGCGCGAGAAUCGCGCGCGCGCGCCGACGUCGGCGGCGGCGACGACGCUCGGAUGCCCCGGUUGUCUCACACGUUUCUUCAAUCUCAGGCGGUUCAGCAAGCGCUACCCGGUAAAAAAAAAAGGAAAAGAAAAACAGAAAAAACAAAACGUGUCCGUCUCGAAGUGGUUAGAGUGUCGUCGAAGCGUUUAACGCGCGUCUCCUAAUGGCGUCCAAUUCCGUGGCGUGGAAGCGCUCCCGAUCGUGGAGCGCUCGCUAAGUCGCUUAAGAUUCAACGAGAAGACUAUUUAUUUUAUCUCUCUACCCUUCCUAUUUCUAACUAUGCAUUCCAGAUCGAUCUAACUUAAUUUAUUGAUCAAAAUUGUACGACAUUGCCCCUUCCUACUUUUUUUCGCUUAGUACUUAAGGUAUCCGUCGAGGAAUAUUCCCGGGAAUUGGGAAUAUGUUUUACGUAUGUGUUUUAAGCACACACACACACACACACACACACAGAGCAUACACACACACACACACACAUACAUACUGACAAAUACACGUACACGUGAAGCGUAUACGUCACAAAUGCAAUGCGCUUAAAUGUGUUGUGUACGUUAUUAAACCAAUUGCGAGAAAUGUAUUCGCAGAACAUCCGUAACAAUUAAUUGUUUGAGACUUAUUUUAA